AUGUCUUCGGCCGCUCUGCAAGCUGCAUCGCACCAGCCUACCUCAAUCGGAUCGCACUCACCGGUCACAGGAACCUCCUCUGGCAGACCCUAUACCGCCGGCUCCUCCCAAUCUCGAGAUCGAGACGUCUAUUACAGCCAAGCGUCAGCAAGCGCGUCCCCGUCGUCAACACGGAGGCCGUCGAGGAGGCCAAGCGGCAAUGGGCAGCCUGCGAACGGUACACAAUCCCAGCAUUACACCGCCCCUGCAGGAAACAACCACCUUCCCGGUCCAACAACCAGCUCCCGCGCCUCGUCCUCACAUAACCAUUCUUCGCCCGAAGCCACGACUUACCCAACCAUGGCCCCCGGCGAUCUCCGCGCUGGCGUGCCGCCGGUAGUCUCAGCUCGAACCUCCUCUUCGAACCGGGCUUCUGCCCCAGCUGCUGCCACAUCGACCACGGAUCGCACGAGGAGAACGGCCGCAUACGAGUCCUCCCGGCAAUCGACAACAGGGGACGGGCAGGAGCGGGGAGAUCGGCAGCGGAGUAAUGGCAACACACAGGUCAAUGGUGAAGAGGCGUCAACAGCUGCUGCGAAUGCUGCUGCCAGAGCUAGGCGCAAAGCCCAGCAAUCGCCGCAGGAGGGAACUUCACACAGAUCGAGUGGGAGUAGAGAGCCGCGAGCUCCGCAGUCAGCUUCAGCUGCUCAGCGACAGGCCGUGUCGGGAGCCGCUGCGCAGUCACCCAGUGCACCCUCCAGGGAAGCUAGCGCGGUGUUGAAUCGCGUCAUUGUCAGCAAACCCGAGGUGGACCUGGACAGAGAACGAGAUCGCAUGGCAGAGGCAAUACCCUCUUCCCCGGCGUCACAAUCACAAUCGACUCCGGGCGGUCUGGGUCUGGUUGGAGGUGAGGGCAUGGAGGAACCAGCUCGAGGGAGUAGGAGCAGACAUGACCAUUCUGCGAACGCUGGGAAACGGGAGAAGAGCAGCAAAUUUGGCGACUACUACUUGGGCAAUACCUUGGGAGAGGGCGAGUUUGGAAAGGUCAAGAUCGGGUGGAAGCAAGCGGGUGGUGUAGAGGUUGCUGUCAAACUGAUCCGCAGAGACAGUGUCGGUACGAAUCCUACGCGAUUGGCCAAGAUCUACAGAGAAAUUGCCAUCCUCAGGGAGAUCUCCCACCCUAACAUUGUCCGACUUCACGAGAUGGUCGAGACCGAGAAGCAGAUUGGGAUCAUUCUGGAAUACGCGAAUGGGGGCGAGCUCUUUGACUACAUCCUGAACCACCGAUACCUCAAGGACAACGCUGCUCGCCGGCUGUUUGCGCAACUGGUCUCUGGAGUGGGGUACUUGCACAAGAAGGGAAUCGUCCACCGAGAUCUCAAGCUGGAGAAUCUACUCCUCGACAGGAAUCGCAACAUCAUCAUCACCGACUUCGGUUUCGCGAAUACCUUCAGCCCAGAUGAUGAAUUGGGCGAUGAGAUUGAGUACAACCUGUCGAGCCGAGAAUUUGUCAAGCGGAUGGAGUUGGAUAAGAUCUUGCCUGGUGGACACCGAAGAGGUGAUUUGAUGCAGACCAGCUGCGGAAGCCCGUGCUACGCGGCUCCAGAACUUGUCGUCAGUGAUUCUCUGUACACUGGUCGGAAGGUUGAUGUCUGGAGUUGCGGUGUGAUCUUGUAUGCGAUGCUUGCCGGCUACCUACCUUUCGACGACGACCCAGCCAACCCGGAAGGCGACAACAUCAACCUCCUCUACAAGUACAUUGUCUCAACACCUCUCACCUUCCCUGAAUACGUCACCCCUCACGCUCGAGACCUUCUCCGCCGCAUCCUUGUGCCCGAUCCGAGAAAGAGAGCGGACCUGUUCGAGGUUGCGAGGCAUAGCUGGCUGAGCGAGUAUUCGCACGUGGUGGGCUUCAUCACCAGCACCACCACGACGACCGAGCAGAUUGGGAGCACAACCGUCACAGACGAACAAGAGUUGUCCUCGCUCAACCGGAGUGCCUCGGUCAGAGAACCAUCCAAGCAGAAAUCACCCGCCGCGGUGGGAGAUCUUUCGAGGAAACAUGGCAACGUGGACCCCGAAGAACAGGAGGCCCACCCCAAGGUUACGAAGGACAACAAGAGAAGAACCGUGCAGGUUGAAUACGUUGCUCCCAAGUCCCAAACUCAACGCGGCGAGGCGUCUACGUCUGCAUCAGCCUCGGCCUCGGCGACUGCGCCGGUGGCCUCGAGAACGCGUGCCCGUGCUGGGAGCCAAGGGCCUGUGGAGGUGCAACCGAUACAACAGUCGAGACGACAGGUUUCUUCCGAGAAGCCCCUGCCUCCAGAUCCCUCGGGCCGUGAGACUCAUCACGCGAGCCAAGGAAGACGAGGAUCGAACUCCUCUCGUCAACAAGGCAUGCCUACUCCGUCGAGACCAGACCGACGUGUCCCUCGAGUCGCCUCCAACGCUAACUGCGUGACAGCUCAUGCCCCUCCCCCCGUGUCCAUUGCCAGACCCAAUACCGGCGGCUCCAUGACGUCCUCCGGCAGCAGACCUGGAUCUCUGGCUCUCCGAGACCGUGGAUCCUACAGCCAACCAGCAGCUCCGGCUGUUGCUGGAACGAAUGCUCAAGGACGUAUGUCACAGCCUCAACCGAAGAGCAAGCACUACGACAUCCCGACGCCAGCGAUGGAGGGUGGUGAUGCGGACUAUGGCAGACCAAACGCUAACCAGGUUCCAGCGAAAGCCGCCAAGGUGACGGGCCUGCGGGAAGAAUCGGUCGCGUCUUCGCAGGAUUCCAAGGGACACAAGAGAUCGAACACUAUUGGCAGCAUCUUCGGCAGAACGAACUCGAUAUUUGGCGGCAAGCGUACGGAACUGCAGGAGAAGGCUGAAAAGCCGAAGAAGUCGUAUCCUCCAGUCAGCAUGUCUGGACAAGGACCACAGGAUCCGUCUCGACAGUCCAUGGAUUCUCGCCGCUCGAUCUCUUUCGGCUUUGGGAAGAAGAGAAGCGGUAGUAUCACUGGCGGUUCCCAGACCAACCUCCAGGAGAAGCCGAGACGAUUCUCUCUUCUCCCGGCAUCUUUCACACUGAAGGCGAUUGGCAUCGGAAAGGAAUAUGGCACUCCCGGCGCGCCUCCUCAGGAUCAAUACGAUGACCGUCCGGACAGCCAUGGCAACUCCGUGGACCCUCCCCAAACCUCCCGAACUACCGCCAGCCAGAGCAUGGGUGGUGCCAUAGCCGCAGCUGCUCCCUACACCUCAGACGGUACUUACGAUCGCAGCCGCGACAACCCGCAGGAUCGCAGACGGACCAGCGCCGCCACUCCCCCGCAGGCUCCUCCAAAAUCACGCGAUGCCGGGAACUCUCACGGCCCUGGUGGACCUCAAUUCAGCGCACCCUUGCCAUUCCGUCACGGCGACUCAGCGCUCAACACUGAUUCUGAAACGUCUCUUGCGGAACCUGCGCCGAGACGUGCUGCGUACCCGCCCGGCUUCAACUCCUACGACGACGGUGCGCGACGCCAGGGUCCAGCGCCCCCACAAGGACAGCAAGGCCGAGCUGCGAGAGGCGUUCUUCAAAAGAACAAUCGCAGGUUCGGGGAUGCAUACGAGCAGGAGCAGGGCAACGGGUAUGGGCCGACGCACUCGGACCACGCGGGGAGCAGCGGUGCUGCGCGGAAGGUGAUGGACUUCUUCCGGCGGCGGGGGAGGGAUCGCGGCCAGUGA